GAAGUGGGUAUCGCUUUUCGUUUGUUCUGGGCUGAUAGUGCUGCGCCACUUUCUAGCUGAACUCAGAAAAAGUGUCGAAGUUCGACGAGACCGACCAAUCCUCGUUGUGUGCUGUGAGUUAAGUUGCAAUGGCUGACUCACAAACCUAUAACACGACCACGGCUCCUUUGGAUCAGAAUCAGAAAUCGAACAAAUUUGGACAUUUGGGGAUUUGGGGAUUUGUUUUGAAGUUGGCAGAAGUGUUCCUGUCAUUUUUAGCCUUUGUCCUGGAGGAGGUGGUGUCCACAUGUAACGCUUGUAGCUUGCUCUACUUCUUUGAGUUUGUCAGCUGCACGGCCUUCCUCUUCACCUUGCUCCUCCUCAUCCUCCUGGCCUCCUCACUGCACAAGAAAGUGGGCAUCAAUAGCUGGGACCGCCUGGACUUCGUAUAUACGAUUCUGAUCACCGUCCUCUUUCUACUUGCUUCUGGUCUCUUCCUCUGGAACAACAGCGGGUCUGUCUUGGAGAAGGCGGCUGGGGGGUUUGGCCUAUUUUCCUCUGUGGUCUUCUCCAUAAAUGUGAUAUACCUCUUCAUGGCGAAACGAAAUACAAUCAUUGGCAAGACAAAUGACAAGCCCACCAACCAACAACAACAACAACAACAACCUGAAAAUCCAGAAGCCGUGAAACUCACCAAUGGUCAAGAGGUGUGAUGGACACCUUACUGUCACAUUCUGUCAUCCUAAGAAAGACAUCUGCUUCAGUAAGGAUGAACAUUGAAUACUUAAGUUUAAAUUCAGUUUAUAUUUUAAAUCUCAAAUUGUUUUAAAGAAGCAAGAACAUAAGAGUUUGCCAAAGAUCGGAUGUUUUUGUGGCUCAGAAUUCAUUUAUGAAUUAAGACAUACUGCACUUCAGAUUUUUUUAGAUAUAACAAUUCAUGUUCCCCAGUAUUUUGUAGUUUCUUUGCAUCUCACUGCAUUUCAGCAGUGAACUUUUGGUCAGGGGCAGAAAGACGAAAACAAAAGCUACCAAAAUAUCUGAGACUGAUAAAUAAGAUGCACAAAUUACACAAUAUUAUACACUGCAGAAACUGCAUAUCUAAUAAAAUCUAACCAAGUAGAUCAAGAUCAAAAAAUCUAGUUGAUAUUGCUUUCAGUAUAAAGAGACUUACCUAGCGCUUUCUUGUAAAAUCACUAAAUUUAAUAAGAGUUUGACUUAUUUUAAGAUGUCUCAUCAUGAAAACAAGCACAUUUGGCUGCCAAUGCCUUAAGCAAAUUUGUCUUAAAAACAAGCAAAUUUGGCUGCCUAGCUAAAUUUCAGUAGCCACGUCUAUACUAAGUAAAAACGAUACCAAAUAGAUUUGUUGAUCUUAAUGUAACAUUAAUAUUGGCUAGAUUUUAUUUUUUGCAGUGUAAUACCUUUUAGUCAUGGGCUUAAAAAAUGAUCAUAUCUACAUUUUUCACUUCACAUUUGAUAAAAUCAUUUUAGCAUGGAGAACUUUACAUUUUUACCUAAGAUUAUGAGAUUCCAUGCAUCCCACACUGCAAGUUGUUACUUGUAUUACAUUCGAUCAUUGUUAAAGGAACCGUAUGUAAGAAAUGUAUUUCAAUUAAUCAUAAAAUGGCCCUGAUAUGUCACUAGACAUUAAGAAAUCAUGUUCAUUUCAAAUACUUAUCACUGAC